AUGAGGCUGGAGCUGGGCUGCCUGGUGCUGUGGGUCCAGCUCCUCCCCUGGGGUCCAGGUUCCUUCACAGAUGCCAACUUCACCGUGGUGCAGUCUCCAUCCGAGGUGGGCGUCAUCCGGGGAGACAACGCCACCCUGAACUGCACCUUCUCCCGGGGCCUGUCCCCGGACAAGGGCGCCGUCUCCUGGUCCCGAGGCGGGCCGGGAGGAGAGGCCGCUGUGCCCCUGAGAGCCCGUUUCACGCUGGCCUAUCCCGACACCUUCCUGCACAGAGGGGAAGGGACCCUGGCCAUCACCAACGUCAGCCUGGAGGAUGCUGGAAAAUAUGUCUGCCGGGUGCUGCUGUGGGGCACCGGGGAGGCACGAGGCAACGGGACCCAGCUGCGUGUUUAUGGUAAGGGCCCCUGCUUGAACCCGCAGCACCAGGACCCCCCCUCCCUGAUCGCUGGCCUCAACCUCCUGAAAAUAGCCCUGCUGGGGGUGCUCAGCCUGGUGGAGAUGGCGGCAGCAGUUAAUAAAGCCCUUAUCAGAUGA